AUUAUUGGAAUUUGUUAUUGUAAAUAUGGCACUAGGGAGGCACGGUCUGGCCUAGAUUACUGUGGAGACAAUGAUAUAAGGAGACCAGCUAGAGAGGUGACUGACGAGGAGUAGACGUGUACAGGUGUAUAAUGGCUUUGGUCACCGUGCAGAGGUCCCCAAGUGUCAGCAGCUCCCCGCCAUCCUCGGAAUAUGGAAGCUCUGUUAUCUCAGCAGAAGAGGAGGAACAAAAGAAUAGGAGCUUGAGUGAAUACUACUUUGCUGUAAAAGGUUUUGGAGUUCUUCUUCCAAAAAAUGAAUGUCAGCUUGGUCGAGGUCGGCGGACCAGCAGUGCUCCGCCCGACAUCCAGGGCCACUUGCAGGCCAUGCUGCACCUCUUGUGCCAGGGUGACACUCUGCAUAUGGCGGUGCGGCUUGAGUCCCAGCACAUUGGCCGCAUCCGCUACUUGGCAGUGGUGGGGCGGGUGGGCCGGCAGGACACUGAGGAAGACUGUCUGCUGGGAGUGGACUUUACAGGGGAGAAGCCUUCCAUUGGAUUAGUUGUGCCAGUUCUUGCUGACACAGCAAUCAGUUUGGAUGGUGAUGGUGGCUUCAGUGUGCGCACUGGCGGGCGGAAACACAUCUUCAAGCCCAUCUCCGUCCAGGCUAUGUGGUGAGUACCAAUCCGUGACUUUUGAGGAGGCGGGGGUUAAGGAAGGCGACACAGGUAAGAGGGUAUUAAGGUUUUCACGAGCGUCAUAUCCUUUAAAAUGGUUAUGGCAGGAAAUUAAUAUCUGGCACGUCUCUUUUCCCCCGCUUUCUUUUUACUCUCCUUUUUUGGAAGAUAAUUAGCGGGAUUUCUUUCCUUCUACUUUUUUCUUUAUUUGUGUUUUUUUGUCCUUGAUCUGUCUCAUGUGCAUAAAAAGAAAGAAAUAUUGCCAAGUAUUGCAUAUCCAGUUCUUUAGUCUCUCAGUGCUACGUAUUGACAGCUUUUAAACUUCAGAUCACCUAUUAGUUAUUCGUAAUGGAAUAAAUAAGAUGCUGUUAUGGAUGAGCAACUAGAUGAUUUUAUUUUUAACUUGAUAAAAAAAAAAAGACUUAAUGACUUUGGAAUGAAAUCGAUGCCGUGUUACACAAAGGGUUAAUAUAAACCACUUCGUUUGUAUAUUCACUACGAGUAUUAUGCGAUUCUCUUCUCUCUUCUUCCGGCUGCUUGUAUUAUGGGGUCAUCACUGCGGAUCACCCUUCUCCAACACGCUCGGCCUUCUGCACCUUCUUCAGCAAGCCAUUACAAGCGUAUUUUCUUUCACUGCAUCUAUAAACCUUCUCUUGGGUUGUCUUCUCUUUCUUCUGCGAGAUAAGUACUUGGAGCAACUGUGCAGGGCUGGCGAUGCUUAGAACUAUGGGCCUUCUCAUAGUGCAUCAGUGUGCCUUUGUUCAGAGCGUGGUUUGUGCAGCGCAGAAUGGAGAGGCACUUCGGGCUGAAUGCCAAGUCUUGCGAUAAACCAUAGUGUCUGUUUGCGUGUGAGUGUUUAACGGGAGCUUUCUUCUUGUCCCUCGAGAUGCAGUGAAGGGUCUAGAAAAAAUUAUGGAUGGGGAUGAUUGGUGGAAAUAAGUAUGUUUCUUAUAGGGACUGUCACGUGUAUGCCUGAUGGCUUCUUGCAGCUUCCCUUACUUUCCUUUAUUCUUAUGUCUAAUAGUGAUACAUUAGCUUUAUCUCUGCUGUUAGGGUGGAGUGUUAGACUCAGCUGAUAGGUUGCAGGUUCGAUCCUCGCGCGCAGCCUCUUAAACCUGUCCCAGCACUCUUAGCGUGGUUCAUGGUUUAUUGUAGCGGGUACAUUUAUAUACUUUUUAGUAGCUAUCGUAUUUUUUUUUUCGAGUGUAACAUUUAGCGGGUUUCUCUCUCUCUCUCUCUCUCUCUCUCUCUCUCUCUCUCUCUCUCUCUCUCUCUCUCUCUCUCUCUCUCUCUCUCUCUCUCUCUCUCUCUCUCUCUCGGCUCGGUGGUAUUUUUUAGUUCUUAGCCUUAAAGAGGAAAAACGAAAAGAGGGGAGGGUCGAGAGGAAAAAAAUAGUAUUGUAACUUUAUCUUUGGUCUUUAAACUUUUUUUUAAGGAAACAUGACAUUUGGUAAGUUAUUUCUUUUCCCUCGUAAUAAUUCUAGAGAUCCUUGCCCCAGACAAAAAACGAAAGGGGGAGGAAGAACAGGAAAAAAAUAUAUAAAUCUAUCUUUUCUCCUUAUUUAUUUAUUUAAUUUUUUUUUUACAGAGCAUUGUAAUAUAUAGCUGGAUAAGUUUGCUGUUUCCUUUUAGUGAUAAUAUUAAAAUUCUUAUGGGGGAAAAAAGUGAGAGGGGAGAUAGAAGUAAGGAAAAAAAGAAAAAGUAAAUAUAGUAGUGUAUUUAACUGUAGUAUUAUGAAAAAAAUAGUGAGAAAUGGGGAAAAAAAGGAAGAGAAAGAAUCAUUAUAAAAGUCUUCGGUCAAUCCAUCCACAUUUCAUCAAGUACACCGAGGCAAACUGAUACACAGCUCUCUUAAGAAAUGACUUCACCAUUAUCAACAAAAUCCGGGAUAAGAAAAAAUAAAAGGGUAGUAUAUUGAAUAGGGCGUCUAAAAAGUCUUCGGUCCAUCCCACCCACAUUUCAAGUACCAAAACCUAAAGAAAUAGAUUUACCGCUCUAUCAUUCAAGCCUGGAAACUGGAAUAGCUAAGCCUGUGAUUGCUGUGGCUUCUUCGCAGGCUUGAUAAGAUGGUUAGGUUCAAACUCAGAUAAUCAUAAAACCGACAGGAGGAACAGAGAGACAUUAAUAAGAAGCUUCAUAUAUGUGCUGAAUUGAGACAUGCGGGUGAUAGGUAUAGUAGAAGACGAAAAAGACAGUAAAUUGGAGACAGAUGAUAAUUUCAACAGAUGCCGUGAGAAAGAGAGACAGACUAUGGAGAAUAUUUAUCGAUGCACAGAAGGAAGAUUUACGGGCGAUGAAUGUAACAGAAGACGAAAAAGACGGUGUAAGUUAGAGACGAGCAGUAUUUUCGAAACACGCCACUGACAGCAACAUAAAUGAUGGGGAACUCAAACAUUUAACUCACAGUACUUUCAUUCUUACCUUAUAAAAAAAUCCUUAACCUAACCUAACAAGACUCGUACUCUCAUUACCACAUGGAAAUUUAUAGAAGAAAUUAGAAAGACUUCCCUUAGGUAGCACGUCAAUAUGUGAUAAGGUGAGGAGGGAGCGACAGGCAGGAAGGUAAGGGAGGUAACACGUGUAUCCGUUGUAUCAGGUUCAUCAGGUCUCCUCCACACACUGAUGCCUCAACAUUACCACACUGACCUCCUUUACCUGGCGCAGCGAAAG